AUGAACGGAGAAAUUGAGAAAUUUUCUCGUGAAUUACCCAAAAUCGAAUUACAUGCUCAUUUAAAUGGCUCUCUAAGUCCCGAAACAUUACAAUGUUUAGUUGAGCGUAAAAAAGAAAAGAACCCACAUUUGACAAAAUUUAAAAUUCCCAAUCAAAAAUUAGAAGUAAUUGAUGAUUUCUUUAAACUUUUCAAAUUUAUUUAUCAACUUACUGAUGACGAAGAAACUGUUGCAUAUAUUACAGAAACCGUAAUUCAUGAUUUUCAUAAUGAUGGAAUAAAGUACCUGGAAUUAAGAACUACUCCAAGAAGUAAUGAAGAGAAUGGAAUGACACAUGAAUCAUAUAUUAGAACAGUUAUAUCAGUUAUCAAAAAAUUUCCUUCCUCUAAACAUGAUAUUAUAGUGAGAUUAAUCAUUAGCAUUAAUCGUCAAAGCACAUUGGAAGAUGCGAUAAAAAAUGUUGAUCUUGCAUUAAAGUAUAAGGAAACUGGUGUGGUUGGAGUUGAUCUUUGUGGUGACCCUACUAAAGGACAUUUUGAUAAUUUGAAACCUGCUUUCAUAAAGGCAAAAGAUAAUGGAUUAAAAGUAACAUUACAUUUUGGAGAGGUUGAAUCAAUUAUACCGGAACACGCCUCAAUGCUUACAAUUCCUCCGGACAGGGUUGGACAUGCUACACAUCUUGAUGCAAAUUCAAAACGUUACAUUUUAUUCAAUAGACUUCCUAUCGAAAUGUGUAUGACUUCCAAUGUUAUGUGUAAUACUGUAAAGGAUUAUCAAGAACAUCACAUUAAAGAUUUCUUAUAUGCUGAACAUCCUUGUUGUCUUUGCGUAAGAGUAUUUUUCUCAAAUCUUUCUACAGAAUAUUCCAUUGCUGCUUCAACAUUCUCACUUUCACAUCAACAAUUAUUUGACCUUUCUUAUCAAUGUAUCGACUGCAUUUUUGAUGGAGAUGAGGUUAAAAUUCAUUUGAAAAAAUUAUGGAAUGAUUGGUGGGAAUUAUGUAAGUCAACCUUAAAUACUUUAAAUACGAAAGAAGAAAUUAUGUAA